GUGCGUGCCGGACCGCGUAGCGACGAGAUGACUAUUUGUUCUCGGCUCCUUUUUAUCCCGGCGGCUGCUGCCGGUUUAUUUCCGCAGGAGCGGCGGGAAGUGCGGGCGGGCACCUCCCGUGCCGCCGGGGAGUACUGUGCCUUUCCCUGCCCGCCUUUCCGGCCGGCCGGGGAAGUCUCACACGCCCUGGUGUCCCCGAACAGCCACUCUGGGUGCCCUGCGGGGUCCCCGCAGCGCCGGCGGCCGCGCCGCGCACGGCCCCGCCCUCUCCCCGCGCGCGGCCGUUGCUCGCGCCAGAGGCGGGAGGCGCGCGGCAGUCCCGCAGCCUGCCAGUCCUGUGAGGGAGCGCGGCCGGGCGGGCUUGAGGCACGUCCCUGCCUGCCGGGGCUGCUGCCUACGGCUCUUCGAGCUCCCGGCUGGCGCAGGAGCCGCCCGCCCUUCUCUGGGAGCGCUCUGCCGCGGGCUUCCAGCUGGGGCUGCGCUGUGACAGCCUCACCCUCACACCCACCUUGCUGCCGGGCGGGCUGAGGGCGCAGGGAGCAGCAUCUCCCCCAGCGCUUGGUGACGCCCUUUCACCCACUGCCCACCCCUUUUUCCUGCAGUUUUGUUGAAGGUAAAAGCUAGUUCCUCUGCUCUGGUCUCAGAUGCGUUUGAUGGCGUUGUUUGCUUGUUGAGCCAGAAUGGGCCUCACUGUCCCAUUCAGGGCAGCGCCCUGUGCUGUGCGGCCAGUGCUGGGUCAUGCUCAUACACUCCUUGGGUGCCUCAAUUUCAAUGGCCUUGUGUUGUACAUGCUUCGGCUUGAUAAUGUGUUGAAUAUUUUUUGUGGAGUUUGUUUACACCAUAACUUCAGUGGCAUAAAAUUUACCCAAUGUGACUUGUCAAGACCCCUUUCCUUGAAGCUGGUGCUUAGGUAGGUUCUUUUUGUACCUGAUGCCUGUGCUGUUCUUUAUGCUGUUUCCCUGAAAAUAAGACAGGCUCUUAUAUUUUUGCUCCAAAAUUUAUUACUUUUUUACAUGUAUAGCUGCCUGGACACUAUUUCAAUUGACUUUUUAAUGAACUGUAUCUAGGGCUUAUUUUUGGAGUAGGACUCAUAUUUGAAGCAUUCUCAAAAAUCCUGAAAAAUCAUGCUAGGGAUUAUUUUCAGGGUAGGUCUUAUUUUGGGGGAAACAGAGUAUCACCGUGCGAGACAGCUCCUUACUACCCCAUGGAAUGCCACCAUGAUCUCCAGUUUGUUACAGUCAGCCUAAUGGGCAGAGUAGCUGCUGCUGCCCCACACAGCUUGGUGUACUCAGCUUUAAUAAGUUCAUUACUGAAAAUAACAAGUAUCACUACAAAGCUCUUGUGUUUCACCUGCCUGUUCUGACACAAAACGAGCAGUAGCUGUUCUCUGAUGUCCUGUUCAGCUUAGCAGGAGCUUUGUGGUGGUUUCAAGUUCAUGUGGUGUGAUUAUCAGCAUUUAAAGAUGUAAAUUCUCCCACACAUGUUAAGUUCUGCUUAUACAGCAGGCAGUUGCAUUUAUUUCCUAUGAUUUACAACUGGAAGAUCUAUGUUAACUGGUAGUUCCCUCUUUAUCCUCUCCCUGAAGGGAGAAGCUCUUUGGAAGCCCUCUGUCCCUUUAGCUUUUAAGAUGACACGCUGAACACAGUGAGUGCUUCCCACAGGGGAGUUGGUCUCAAACAGCAAGCGGAUCACUGGAGCGUUGCAGCAUGUGUUUUACAACAUCUUCACCACAAAUAUCCCCGGUUGGCAAUGUAGGAUUCUUUUAAACAUUAUGAAAGCUGAGGACUCAGGCUUUCUUUUCUAUGUGUGCAAACGGACAAGGUUUUUUUUCCCCAUUUGUUUACAAUGGCCCUUUCCCUUAAGCUGCAGCUUUUAGAGUUCUCUGAUGAAGAGAUAAUCUUGACUGGCAUUUUUAAAAAAUCUGCUUUUCAUGACUGCUAGAAAAAGCUUUGAAUAUGUUUUCCUUAAGGGCAAGAAACAAGAAAACAUGUUAUUUUAUUUUAAAUUACAGUUAUAAAACACUGAUCUUGUGAUUUUUCUAGGAUAUGACCGACGUUAAUCUUUUUAAUGUGUUACGCUGUAAGCAAGUGAAAGCAAAAUCAGAACAGUGAAGUUGUCUUUAACUUUGUUCCUCAAAAAAUCUUUCCAGUUCAUCGUUUUUGGAUCACGAUUUCCAGAAUUUCUUUUCAGAUCCAGGUGGCACUUCGAGGCAACAGUAUAACAUGAAUGACACCAGGCACCAGUCUCUUUUCUUUGUCAGUCUGCCAGAGUUACAAAAACUAUGUGCCACUACAGUAACACUAAAUUCUCGGAUACCAGAAACUGAGACAAGGAGUACACAAAUAAAGAUUUGCAGACAGUUACUAUUCCUGUAUCAAGACAUCCUUUCUGCACCUGUCAUUGGAACACUAAAUCAAAUUUCAGUUGUAAUGGCGAUACCAUUUUACAAAUCAGGAAUAUGUCAAGCCUACAUAGAGAGACAAGGAGCUACUCUGGAAGCACCACAAUCAGUUAGUCCAGCCAUUCUCCAAAGCUGUCUCUCCUACACACUUACAGCCAGACUAGCUCCCAGGUGGAACAAGGCUGGUCAUCUCUUGGUGCAAGGAAAAUAUUUUUUGUCUCAUUCAGGAAGGCAAAAUGCUGUUGUUGUAGAUCUCAAUGUAUCAGAGAGACAGCUUUGCAUCAGUGUGGAGCCUUGCUCGAUUCGGUUGCCACCUGCUGAGCUGGAGGAUUUUGAUAUUUCAGCAAACACCUUAAAACUGUUUGACAGCAAUGAAAGUACUGUUAUUCACCAGCAUUCCAUAUUAAGUAACUGGUGCUAUGUUUUGCCAAGCAUGAAAAUGGGUCAGAUCAUAAACAUCAGCCACAUAAUUCCUCCAGAAUCUCCUUUCCAUUCAUAUACAGAAUUUCAGAUGCACUGGAAGAAUCUGUAUGGAUAUAUUCUUCCAGAAGAAGAAUUUGAAGAGAAAAAAAUAUACGUCAGUGUUUACUUCAAACCAAUAGGGGAAAGGUUCUUUACGUACCCUUUAAGUUGCAUUCGAAGUCAGCCGGUGCAGUAUUUUCCUAGAACAGAUUCAGAAAGUGUGUUGAACUCUUUUCUUUCUGACAUGAAGCAGAAUCUUUCACAUCUAUGUGGAUUUCCAGUAAAAAUGACAAGUAAAGCACUUUAUGCUACACAGGAACUCUCCAGGGCUCUGGAAAUAAAAUCUAAGCAUAUGAAACUGGCUGGUGAGAUGGUUUGUGUAGUAUCUCUAACAGAGGCUCCUCCAAGAAAACAGACUUUGCCUAAUUCUUCAUCAUGCAGUAUGGAAAAAAGCCACUGGAUGGAGCAUUUGGUCAAAGAGCCAGAAACACACGCUUUUUUGAGUAGCUGUAAGGGUACAGAAGAGGUUAGCAUCGAAGCAACAGGGAAAUCAAUGAAUAAUAGGCAAAUACCAGGAGUACCAGAGUUACCCAUUGUGAAGGCUUUAAGAAUGCCUGUAAAUUCAGCCUUUGAACUCCCACCCAAAAAAGUCAGCAAAAUUAUACCAAUUUUCAAAGGAAAGUUGUUGCAAAUGAAUGGAAAGACCUCAAAUCAAGUGGAUGGAAAGAAAAGAGAAAAAGCUGAAAGACAUUCGCCAAUUAAAAAUAUGAGUGUUUCCUCUUCUAUGCUGAGUGUGUGCAAAUCCAGCAUAUUCCAGGUUUACAAGCCAGUUCAAAAUAUGUCAGUCAAAAAUCCUGCUCAUAGCAGCAUAUUUCAGGUAAUAAAUGCAAAAACACAUGCAAAACAUGGUAUACCUGUAUUUAAAUGGAAAACAGAGUCUGGUGGACAAACAGCUAAUUCUCAUCUUUCUGAUAACUCAGCUCCAGGUGGGAAUUCAAGUGAAGUCAAUCACAAAAAGGCAAAUUCUCCUUCCUUUCUUAAGAAUGUUGGGUCAGUGCUUCAGAAAUCAAACAUCAAUCUGAGUUUGAAUACAUGUGCAUCUCCUGCUUCCAGUGUAAGAAGAGGGAAAAAGUCCACAAGUCAAAAUACCAUGCAAGUUCUUGAGAAACACCACCAGUCAAAGAAAGUACCUUUGCAAAUCUGUAAAUCAGACAACAAAAUGACAGGCUUUGGUUUAUCACAGGAACAAACAAAAAGAUCAAAUGGAGGAGCAGAGUUAAAUAUUCAUGACUCUGUCUUAGAUGAUACAAUGUGCAUCGCCAAAAAUGAAGGAAAUAAAGCAGCCUGCCAUUCUAAAGACUGUAGUGCUAAGACAACUAGUCAUCAUUCCAAAUCUAACUUUGAACAGAUGAUUACAGGGAAUGGUGUGAAAUGUGGAACCUUGACCUCAAAACCAGCUUCCUCAAUCAAAGAGAGCAACCUGGAAAUAUCUGUAAAGAAAGGUGGUGCCAGAAAAAGACAGAAAGAAGAAGGUUAUUUAAAAUUAAAGAAAGCCAAAAGAAGUAGGCCUUCUAUUUAGGAUGUUCUGGAAUACUGAAAGAAAACUCCAAAUUUAAGGAUGUGGUUUGGCUGCCUGAUCACAGCUGGUUAAGAACAUGUGAACAGACUUCUGCAAUUGAAGUUCCUCCAGCACCACAACUGAUUAUAAUAUUUUGAGGGCUUUAAAAUUGAAAACCGAAGAGGAAGAAUAAAGCUGAGCAUAGUAUCAUAGGUUUAUCAAGGAGAUAAUUCUUUCUCAUUCUGUGUAAAAAAUGCAGACAUUUAACUUGAAUGCCAUAAAUCCAAACUUUGUAAACAGGAUGCAAAUACAAAUGUGGAAAUACAGCAAUGUAUGUUUGCCUAUUAACCAUACAGUUUUGAGUUGUCUUUUGGUCUCUUUGGUGAUCUAAACUUUUUUCCUCCGUUGGAUUCCCAAGAGGGCAUUAACAUACUUGAGGAUCUCUGAGCUUUGUGAAUAUUAUUCUUUAUAUUUCUCAUCUUUGGUACCUGUUUCUGGAUGAAAAACUGAGGGUUAAAGACAUACAGUCAAGUGAACCCAUGUAUCAACAACUUCUCCAGACAGUUUAGGUUAAUAACUUUCUAAUGAAUUUGAAAAUUUGGCUAAUUGCUUAGUUUUUUAGUCACAUUAUGUCUGUCCUAGCACUUGGUUACACAAUCAUUCUUCCAAGUUAUUUUGAAGUUUCAGGUCUGUCUUUUUAUGAUACAAUUAUAUUUAAUUCUUAUAAACAAUGUCUGGGCUUCUUUGUUUCGUCAGUAAAACAUUCCUAAAUCACUUUUCCAUGUCAAGUCAGGUGGUUAGAAAAUAAACAGUACAUUUUUUUCUCGGGAAUAAUCUGAAGGCUGGAUUUGAUUUAAGCUUCAUUAAUUCUUGUUAUGAUUUUUAAUGAAUUUCCAUUUUCAGAAAUGAAAUUGCUCUGUAAAAGAUUUUUUAAGACAAACAGAUAAUGCCAUUCUUUAGCAGUUCAUGCAGAAUGUGUAUAGCUGCUCUUUGAGUAAUUUUAUUAGCAUAAAUAUUAUCUUCAAUGACCAACUUGAAGGUAUAGUUACCAAUAUAUACUUAUAUGUGAUUCUUGCCCCAUAAUUGCUCUUUUUAAGUGAAUAUUAUUAUGUUACCAGGAAAAUGAGAACCAAAUGUCACACUAGCUCCUGAACUCAAACAAUAUAGAACUGUAGUUUGACACUUGCUUUGGAUAUACAUUUGCAAAAUUUUUUUCCUAAAGGAGUUGGUACAAUGGAUUUUAUGCACUUACUAAAAACCUUUUUAGGCUUAUAUUGCUGCGGCUAUAUUUUUAUUUACCUCAGUUUUCAAAGCAGGUUUUUUCCCUACUACAAUGACAACUUUUGUUUUGUUUUUUUCUUGAAUGGCAAUUGUUAACAUAGCUCUAAUUUAAUGGUGCCGGUGCUUGAAAAGAAGUGGGCACUUCAACAACAUGUAAUUUUCUCAUAUGUAAUAGAAGAAGUACAAACCAGUGCAAAUAUUACAAAAAUUAGAGCAAUAUGCUCAGGAAGAAACAAAAUUAUAUUUACAUUUUGUCUGGAAAUUGGUAUGCAAAGGUACUUUUCAAAUGCUGUUGAUUAGUUAUUCUUUCCAAGGUUUGAAUAUAAAUAAUUGAUCUUUUUCUUGUCUUACAAUAUGGAAAAGCUUGCAGAGCAUUUGCCUAUAUACAAUGCUAUAUAAAUGCGUACUUCAGCUGAUCUGUUUCCUGUUGUUGCUGUUUAAAUGCUGCUGGUUGCCAGCAUUUGCCUUGUAUUAUAACAAAAGUCAUUUUGCAUUAUUUGUGCUUUUGAAAAUGUUUACAUCAUUUUGUGUUAUCUAUUCUAGUACUCAAAAUACAGAAAAUGUAAUUAUUGCAGAUCCAAUUAUUCCAUUUAAAAUAAACUACUGAAUUACUCA